AUGAAGCUUUUGGAUAUUCAGGCCGCAAUUGGCACGGCCAUACUCCUUCUGUGCCUGCCUUGCGAUGCAAAGCACACCCAUCAACUCACGCACUUGGACGGGAAAAGACACGACCACAGACACCUACACAAGACGAUACAGGCCUCACCCCGAGCUGAAGGGAUUGAGAAUGAGUUGGGCGCUCGUUCUGGGCAAUGCGCUUUCCCGGGUGGUGAUGGAAUGGUUGCCGUCACACCUGGAUCACAGAAUGCUGGCUGGGCCAUGAGUCCAGAUCAGCCCUGUACUCCGGGGAUGUAUUGCCCGUAUGCAUGCGAACCGGGGAUGGUAAUGAUGCAAUGGGAUCCGGCAGCAACAUCCUAUACCUACCCACUAAAUAUGCACGGCGGGCUCUACUGCGACAACAGUGGCGUGGUGCACAAACCCUUCCCCGGGAAACCUUAUUGUGCUGAAGGAACCGGCACUGUCGGCGCGCAGAAUACAUGUGGCAAGCCUGUUUCGUUCUGCCAGACGGUUCUGCCUGGUAAUGAGGCCAUGUUGAUCGCAACCCAGGUGGGAGGCGAUUCCUGGUCACAGUUAGCAGUCCCUGGACCAGAUUACUGGAUCGGGUCUUCCGCUCAUUUCUACGUGAAUACUCCUGGACUUACCACUGAUGAGUGCUGUCUCUGGGGGGAUGGGACCAAACCUCUUGGCAACUGGGCUCCUUAUGCUAUCGGAGGUCAGACAACUUCCAGCGGCCAAACCUUCUACAAGAUCGGAUGGAACCCAAAAUACAUGGACGACUUCUCCCACAUUACGCCAAACUUUGGCCUGAAGAUCGAGUGCGCAGGGUCUGGCUGUAAUGGCACACCGUGCUCCAUCGAUCCCUCAGCCAACGGUAUCGGCGGUGUCACGAGCGCUGAUCAAUCAAAUGGAGCAGGCGGAGCCGCCUUUUGCGUCGUCACUAUUCCCUCUGGAGGAACAGCUAAUAUUGUCGUUUUCGAGAGCGGUAACUCCGAUGCUGGAUCAGGAACCCAUGAUUCUUCUAGCGCCGCUGCUCCAGCUCCCGCCCCGUCAACAUAUACUCCCGCCCCAGCCCCAAGUACAACUGAAACACCAACUACGACGUCAACCGCUGCACCCACUACCACCACCACCACCACCAGCAAAGCUGGCCACACCAUCUCUCUCCUCCCAUCCAGCAGUGUGAACACCACCUCGCCCACCGCAACCCCCAACUUGGGCGCCAUCCUCUUCCAAAACGAUACUUCCACCUCAAGCGGCGUCGUCGCGCCCAGCGGAACCUCCUAUUCAACAGCGGCCCUCACAUCGCCAAGCCCAAUCCCAAGCACGACGAAGAAAUCCGGCGCCUCAGAAUCGUUUGCCUCUGGCAGCAUCCUGGGCUUCGUCAUCUUAUUCGCUGCUGCCGGGUACCUGCUCUGA